AUGAAAAUUUCCUCCAUUUGCCUUCCCUCAGUUCUCAUCAUUUUCCCCUGCUUAAUUUCCUUUCAAAAAAACUGCGGCAAAGUCCCAAUAACGUAUCCAUUUGGCGCUGGCUCUGGCCCUGGAUGUGGUGAUCCACAUUUCCAGUCUUAUGUAACCUGCAAUGAUCAGCAGCAGCUCACAUUCACCACACACACUGGUUGCUACACCAUAACCUCCAUUGUUUACAAUCACCAAAUCAUUUACAUCACUGAUCUAUCCAUGUCCACCUGCGCCUGGAAACGGACAAGCAAAGGCUUCAGCCUAGAUUGGAACGUGCCUUUCAGCUUCAACGACGCCACAAUGUUCGCACUUCUUGAUUGCUCGAUGAGUUCUUCGCCAAUAUACUGUCCAUUACCGAAGACAGAAAUUCAACAUUCCCUCUGUGAUUCCAAGGGAGAUUCUAUUUGCAGCCUUUUGUAUUCAUGUGAAGCAAUCAGCAGACUAAGUCUCCCAAUUUCAACAUGCUGUGUGUAUACACAUGUGGAUCUCAGGCCUUCGUUUGAAAUGGAUUUGCAGAAAUUGCAUUGCACUUCAUAUUCUGCACUGUAUGGAUUCAAUGGACAGGAAUCUAAUCCUCAGGGAUCAAUGAAAUAUAAGUUUAAUUUUAAUCAUGAUUAUCCUGUGAUUUGCUCUAGCUGUGAAAGUAAUGGAGUCUGUGGAUAAAAUCAUGGAUAAUCAUUUCUUUGCAAUUGUCCUGGUGGAUUAAAUACAACAACAGAUUGUUAUUUCAUCUAUAACUCUAGUUCUGCGAAUGGAUUUUUUCAAUAA